AUGGAGAUGCUCCAGAAGAUGACAUCUACAGGGGGCAAUGUUUCAGGAAGUAGCAAUGGCAAAAGUGAUGAGCAGUGGCUCAGGGCAGAGCUUCAGUGGAUGACAAAGGCAGAGUUCAGCAGCAAGAGGAAAGAAGAUUUGGGACCACAGGAAGCAACAUCAGCCCCAAAAUGGAGGCAUCACCAGAUGCUCGGGAUAUGGAGUCAUCUGAACUCAACUGGCAUCAGUGGAGUGAAGCACAGCAGUGUGCUUGUUCCCAUGCUUUUGAGCAUGUUUUCAGCACUGCUGUCAUAUGCCUUCAGUAAAGAUGAAAACAGCAUCAAGGAUUCUGUCAUUUGUCAGAUAAUAGAACAAAAAUCAGAACCACAGCAUUUGAGAGAUGCUGGGGACCUCUGGGGCCAGAGGAUCCAACUGUCAUCUGAGGGGAAUAUUGACUGUAGCAUAGCUUACUCUGAUAGAAGAUCUCCAAGGAGAGAAGAGUCUGCUGAAAUUUUCAAAACCCUGAAUUUUCCCCAGAUGCUUCAGCAAGCUACAGACAUGGAUCAUCAAGAGAGACUCCAAGACCAACAAGUGGAGUCGGGGUACAAGAAAGAGUCUGAGCAGGACAGUGAAGUAGAUGAAUUGAGAAUUCUUCUUGUGGGGAAACAUGGUUCAGGGAAAAGUGCUGCAGGAAACAGCAUCCUGGGCAGGUGUGUGUUUGAGUCCAGACUCAGUGAGCAGCCAGUGACUCAAGUGUGUAGGAAAGAGCAGCGGAUCUGGAGGCAAAGAAAAGUUGUGCUCAUUGACACUCCAGAUAUCUUUUCCCAAAUGGACUCCCAGAAAGAGCUCUGCCAUCUCUCCUCUCUAUGCUCCCCAGGCCUGCACGCCCUCCUUCUAGUGACCCCACUGGGCUCUUACACAGAGGAAGAUGAGACAGUGGUGGGGAACAUCAAAAAAGUUUUUGGAGAAGAGGUUCUGAGGAGACAUGUGAUCAUUCUGUUCACCCGGAAAGAAGACUUGGCAGGCAAGGACCUGAUGGAGUUCAUAAAGAAUGCAGAUAAACCUCUUCAGAAACUCAUUUGGGACUGUGGAUUUCAGUACUAUGCUUUCAAUUACCGAGCCACAGGAGAGGAGGAACAACUCCAAGUGAAUGGGCUUCUGGAGGAGAUCAACAAAAUGGUAGACAGGAAUGGAGGAUCUGAGUACAUGAUAGAGCCCAAGCAGAACAAAGAGGUGGAUGAAUUGAGGAUUCUUCUUGUGGGGAAACAUGGUUCAGGGAAAAGUGCUGCAGGAAACAGCAUCCUGGGCAGGUGUGUGUUUGAGUCCAGACUCAGUGAGCAGCCAGUGACUCAAGUGUGUAGGAAAGAGCAGCGGAUCUGGAGACACAGAAAAGUUGUGCUCAUUGACACUCCAGAUAUCUUUUCCCAAAUGGACUCCCAGAAAGAGCUCUGCCAUCUCUCCUCUCUAUGCUCCCCAGGCCUGCAUGCCCUCCUUCUAGUGACCCCUUUGGGCUCCUACACAGUAGAAGAUGAGACAGUGAUGGGGAACAUCAAGAAGGUUUUUGGAGAAGAUGCUCUGAGGAGACAUGUGAUCAUUCUGUUCACCCGGAAAGAAGACUUGGCAGGAAGGGACCUGAUGGAGUUCAUAAAGAAUGCAGAUAAACCUCUUCAGAAACUCAUUUGGGACUGUGGAUUUCAGUAUCAUGCUUUCAAUUACCGAGCCACAGGAGAGGAGGAACAACUCCAAGUGAAUGGGCUUCUGGAGAAGAUUGACAAAAUGAUGUAUGACAAUGGAAACCAGUUUUGUAUCUUUAGGAUGCCUGCUACUGGACCUGAUACACUAAGCCUCAUCAUAGUAGGAAAAUGUGGAGCUGGAAAGAGCUCGACGGGGAACACCAUUCUUGGAAGGAAGGAAUUUCUAGACCAUGUUCAAAGACAGCCAGUCAUCAAAACCUGUAGAAAACAUGUUAAGAACCUGGAGAGUACUAUUGUGGUUGUUGAUACCCCGUCAUUUUACCUUCCAUCAGAAAGUGAAGAAAAUCUCUAUAAACAAGGAGAAGAGAUCAUUCGUGUCCUUACUUUGCUUCAAGGACUCAAAGUUUUUAUUUUGGUGAUUCGGAUGGGACAGUUCACUCAAGAAGAUGAGAAGAACAUUGAAGAAUUAGAAGCCAUAUUUGGAACAGAGGUCACCAAGUACAUGAUUGUGCUCUUCACUAGGAAGGAUGAUCUAGAGCCUUAUACAGUGAAAGAUUACAUCAAGGAUUUUGCUAACGAACCUCUUAAAAAGUGGAUUAAACAAUGUGGAAACAGAUUCUGUGCUUUUAACAACAAAGAAAGUGGCCUGGGCCAGGAAAAACAAGCAAAUGAGCUUUUGGAAAUGGUUGAUGAACUGGUCCAGUAUCAUGGAGGCCAAGGCUUUGCAUUCAAUACUGUUAACCUUGAUGCUUAUGCCAAAAUAAUCAAAAAUCACCAUAAGAGGCAGUGGAAUAUACUGUCAUAGAAGUAAAAUUUGUAAUAAUUUCAUUUAUUUUUUGGCUGCCAAAGUACCUGGGAAUUCACUUAAAAAUAAUACUGCUCUUAGAGUUUGCAAAGC